AUGAGAGAGAAUCUUAAAGGGGGAAAAUCUAGAAAAGGAACAACCCAGAAAUGCAUGGCAUGUGAGAAGACUGUGUAUUUGGUUGACAAGUUAACUGCAGAUAAUAGAGUCUACCACAAGGCCUGUUUUAGAUGCCAUCACUGCAAAGGCACCCUCAAGCUUGGAAACUACAAUUCCUUUGAGGGAGUUCUAUAUUGCAGGCCACACUUUGAUCAACUCUUCAAAAGAACUGGCAGCCUUGACAAAAGCUUUGAAGGAACGCCUAAAAUUGCAAAACCAGAGAAACCAGUUGACACUGAGAAACCUCUGGCAAACAAAGUUUCAAAUAUGUUUGGUGGAACGAGGGAAAAAUGUGUUGGUUGCAAGAAUACUGUCUAUCCAACUGAAAAGGUCUCGGUGAAUGGAACUGCAUACCACAAGAGCUGUUUCAAAUGCACCCAUGGAGGAUGCGUCAUCAGCCCAUCAAACUACAUUGCACACGAGGGGCGCCUUUACUGCAAACACCAUCAUAUUCAACUAAUCAAGGAGAAGGGCAACUUAAGCCAGCUAGAGGGCGAUCACGAGAAGAAUUCGGCAUCAAGGCAUGAGGCCUUCCAAAGCACAUCAAGGCAUGGGAAUUCCUAG